AUGGCAGUAGAUUUUACAAAAGCUAACGACCAGUCUUUGCCUGACAUCUUUGUCCUGGAAAAAACUGUCAACGAGCUUGGGCAGGCAAGACCUCGGCAUCAUCGUCAUCAUGCGGCAGCCGACCCUCAGCUGGUUUGUCGUCGUUGUCAUCGCGGUGGGUGGUGGUGGUGUGAUGGAGAGGUGUCUCCUCCCUAUGGCGCGCGCUGGCAUCACCACCCGGGGAACGCCACCGACCUCCAGCAGCAGAUCGAGCGGCUGAGGAAGACGGGUUAUCUGCUCUUUCCUCACGUCUUCCGCGCGUUCAUCGACGUGGGCAACCACCCCGACGCCUACAACGUGUCAACCGCCUGUCAGCAGGACCUCAAGCGCUACCUCCGGGGUCUAAACAACUACGAGGACUGGGCCUGGAGGUUCUAUGAUGCCACUGGCAAACAAGGAGCGGGGCUGUUCCUGGGCGCGCUGACGUGGAAGGGCAACUUCCAGCAGUGCCUGGACACGCAUCAGUACUUUGCAGUGUCCUUGGCCGGCGGGGCCAGCAACAACAACGCCGACGACACUGUGCCGACGCCCAACUACUGCUCCGUGUUCAUGCGCACCCCGCACUGGCUGCACGAGGCUGUGGACGCGCUGGGUUUGCCCUUCCCAGUUCCCAUGCCUCCAUUAAUUGCGGAUGUUUGUGUUCCCAACCACUGCACAGAACCUGACUUGGAAAACAUCAUCCAGACAUUUGUCAAUGGUCAGUCGGAGUACACCAAUCUAACAGUGACAGAAGCUCGCUGUUACAAGGGAAGAAAUAUCAAUGGUGAUCCAGCAGCUGUCUUCUCUGUGACACUCAUAUUUGUGCUGAUUGGCUGCGUGGGGCUGGGCACUGCCUACGACAUCUUUUUACGACGACGGAAGCUGCGAGUGAAACGAGGCCCGGAGAUUCUGAUUGGUUACCAGAAAGACACUAAGCAGUACGGUAUUCUCAAAGUCAUCCUGGCCCCGCAUCCGGUCAAGCUGAAAAGAAGAGCGACUAUUGGAGGUUACGAGAAGUCAGAUAGCUACCUGUUGUCGGAACUGAAAGUAGAGAGAGAAAAGUUGCUGAACAAGCGAAAGACACCUUCUUUGCCUGACAUCUCGACGGUGAUGACAAUCUUCACGAGCCUGCGAGAUCGUCGCCGCCGGAAACCACCAGCCUUCUGUUCGAAGAAACUUGGGGUCGACGAUCAGAACAACAUCACUGGGAACUCAGAAAUAACGAAAAAUGUGGAGGAAGUGAGGAGCGAAAAUGAUCGUUCACAUGAGGUGGCCGAUAAUCCGGGAACAGGAAAUGUCAUCGUAGAUGAGCACAUCGUAGAAGAAGAAAAGACUGACAGCGAGAGGAAAGCUGCUUCGGAAGAGUCGGCGGACGAAGACAUUUCUGAGAAUGUCCAAAACGAGGAGAAUGACGAAUCGACCUCGGAACUUACUUCGCUGAUCGUCAAAGACCAUCCGGGGACUGAAAAAGAAGCCGAGGAGGCCAAAGACGAGGUGAAUGCCAACAUCUCCACGAACGUUCGCCAGCAGCCACGCCGAGUCUCGCGCGCCUCACGUGGACUUUACGAGACGGCGGGCCGCGCCUGCGCAAAUGCUCGGUGUUCGAGAGGCAGAUGUCGGAGGUGUCCAACGACUCCGUCUUCGACAAGGCCUUCCCGGACCUGGAUCCGUCGGCUGUACGACAUUCCAGAAGAGGGCACGGACCAGCAACAGAAAGAAAAGAACAACACCGUGCAACCGGAAGUGGUCAUCAGACGGCGCCCGGAUGUGAAAGACAGGACACUGCUCAGCAAGAUGGUGCUAGCUUUCUCCUUCCGGCGGAGCACCAAGCGCAUCAUGGCGGAAGGAUCUGUGGACGCGUUGUUCUGUCUCAACGGGGUGCGCGUGCUGAGCAUCUCCUGGAUUGUCCUGGGCACCGUCUACAUGAUCCUCUACCUCAACCCGGAUGUCGUGGAUAAUCACGUGGACGGCAUAAAAAUCACACAGACAUGGUGGGCGCAGGUGGUGAUCAAUACCACGCUGGCAUCCGACUCAUUCUUCAUCCUCAGUGGGACGCUUGGUGCCUAUAACUUCAUGAAGAUGAAGAAGAAUUUCAAAAACAAGAAGAUGUCGGAGAUUAUGAGCAUCAAGGAAUACUUCAUGGUCAUCUUUCAUCGUCUGGUCAGGUUAGGUCCUUGCUACCUGAUAGUCAUCAUGAUCUUCACCAACCUCAUGCCCUACAUGGGCAAGGGCCCUCGCUGGACUUAUGAGAUUACAUCGGUGAGAACGUGCAAGGACCACUGGUGGGCCAACGCCCUCUUCUUCUCCAACUUUUACAAAGCAGACACCAUGUGUAUGCCGCACACCUACUACCUGGUGAAUGACUUUCAGUUUGGCUUGCUGUCGCCGCUGUUUCUUAUUCCACUGUUAUGCCGCCCACUGCUGGGCUUCCUACUGCUGGGUGGACUGGUGCUGCUACAGAUCGUCACAACACUCAUCCUGGACCAAGGCAUCAAUGGGAACACGCUGAUGAUGGGGACAGACUAUACCUACUUCUCACAGGUGUACGUCAAGCCGUACUGCCGUAUAGGAGUCUAUGCCAUCGGACUGGGGCUCGGCUACCUCCUGUACGUCACCAAGCGCCAGGCCAAGUUCAGAAAGCUUCCCCUGAUACUGCUGUGGGCGCUGUCCCUGUUCAUCGUGGCUGUGCUGCCGUUCAUCACAUACGAACAGUACAAGCCCAACGGCCGCAAGUGGACGGGCCUGCAGACCGCCUUCUUCGAGGCUUUGUCGAGACCCAUCUGGGGCGUGGCCUUGUCCUGGAUCAUCUUCGCCUGCAGCUGUGGACAGGGCGCCUUUAUCAACAAACUGCUGUCAUGGAAUGCUUUUCUCCCUUUGUGUCGGAUCACAUACGGAGUGUACCUCCUACAUCCCAUGUUCAUCGCCCUCGUGGUCGAGUCCCGACACAACGGCUUUUACCUCGACUUUGGAGAACUGGCCUACGAGUUCGUGGCCAGCCUGGUGUGCUGUUACGGAUUAUCUUUCAUCCUGAUCACAUUUGUUGAAAGCCCUUUCAUCGCCCUGGAAAACAGUGUCCGCACCCACAUCCAACAACGAAAGAAGAAAGCUUCUGUGGUGUGAAACCAUGUGAGCCACAAGAUGUUAAAUCAGGGUGUCGGCGCUCCAAGUCGGGGCCGUGUGUGUCCACGAGAUUUGGGAUGUUGUGUGUUCUAUGCAGAAGUGUUUUUUACCAUACCAUGCAAACAGAGGCCUUAAACAGAACAGGAAUAAAAAGAGGCAGUAAAGGAGAAACUUUCGUCUUGAUAAGCCAUGGCUGCUCAGGAUCGCACCUUUGCUAAUCCUUUUAGGUUUUUGUUCAAGAGGAGAACUUCUUCCUUUGUGAUACGUCAACGACACCACCAAGCGGUGCUUAUACAGUUGUUUUGAAAGAAAUUCUGCCUUUUGGUUACAAAUAAUGGUGAGUGUGAGUGGAUGCCUGCUCCAUCUAUGCGUUUAUUUUUUUUAAUUAUUAUUACUAGAUAAUGACAAUUUUACAAGUUUUUUGAAAUCAUCUUUGACCUAUAGCACUGUUGUUUCACUUACUCCCAUCUAGCCUUAUGUAGAACAACGUACUAAAGACCGAUAAUUUCAAACUACAUAAAUUUAUAAUUUUUAUAUACUUUAUAAACAUUGAUCAUGUCAGACUUCUUGCAGUGUAAAUUUGCCUCGCUUGUUUCAUGUAAUGAAGGGGAAUGCAGUCAUGGUAAUCCUUAAAAAGGUGUAAAAAUUCUUUAAAGCAAAAAUCGAAAUAGAGGCUUCACUCAUUUUUAUACUAUUUUGAUGCUAUUUUUAAACUCUGGUAGGAAGUAUGUCACUAAAAUCUAAAAUAAUUGGCAGAGCCCUGAUAAGUAAUAAAAUCAAAUGUACUUCGCAGAGCUAGAAGAAACGGGAUUUUAUUUUGGGGCGAGCCAAAGGCAAGAAAAUUCUUGUUUGAUCAAAUACUGGUUACAUGCCUUACAUACACCUACCCUAUCCUGGGGAAAUCGAGGGUAAUUGUCAAAGGCACAAAGGGCUUCCAGUUUGACAAUAGUUGUUUCACGAGGAAGAGGGUAUAAUCUGGGGAAAAAAAAAUUGUGAAGAAAAAAAGCCGACGUAAGGGAGAUAACCGUACAAAAUUUUAUCAACAUGCUAUGGCAGGUUUGCUUCCCCUACCAUGAUUGUUUUGCCAUGCCUCCUGCAACUACCUGUCGUACUUCACCACACGGCCUAAUCGUCGUCGAAAGUUUGACUAAAUUUGUAAAAUGUAGUAAGAAUGCUCUGCUCACUUAAAACUUGUUUGCCAAGACAUUGCCAACAGGACCGGAGGUUUGACUUUCGGUACUUUGUUCUGUUACAAACAGUCGAUCUUAAGGGUCUUGCUUCCUAAGUGAUAUUUCGUACACGGAAGUUCUUCUCAUGUUCGAUUUUUCUAAUUUUGUUCGAGUUAUCUACAUCGGAAUACAUGCUGCUGUUGUUUUAUCAACAUCAUAUUUUCCGUUUUUUUUUCAUUAUGACUGAAGAUUUAUUUGUCCAUUAUGAAAUAGAAAGCUAUAAAAUCUUUUAAAAUGUCAACUGCAUUUACACAAACACGGGUAAAAAUAAAGCACUUCACGCUGCCUCGUCCCUGUAUGUCCACGAGCACCUCUAGAAUAUGCAUCUUUUGAAGAUUUUUUUCAUAUUCUUCACUUUCAACUUGUUAUUUGAGAUUUUUUAAUAUCAACAUAUUUCUUCUAGCUUUGUCCACUUUCCAUUAAUGUGUGUUGGAUGGGACAUCAUAUAUGGUAUUUGACAAUGAUUAUCGGAUUCGCAUGUCGGCAGGUAAAUAAUCAAAACAAUUUCUUUUUGGGCGUGUGCAUGCAUGGGGAGAAAAAAAUCCCUUGAAAAUCAAGAAGUUGAACAACUCCCACAAUUUAUUCUUUUGAGAGGACAUUCUUUUCAUCACUUUAAAAGUAAAGGCUUUUCCACUGCCGUUUCUCUGUUAUACGAGCUGCAGUGUGAUAAAAUACAUUCCUAAUAGCGAUUCAAAACCUUUCUUCGGAGUCUUCAUCGUGAUAUAUUUUUUCUUUUUUAAAGCCGACUGUCAAUCACUCCACGACGAUGAAAUUCAAGACUUCUCGAGUUUGUUAUUGCUGUUCGUAUUACAAUGUGAACCAUGCAGCUUCUUGCACCGGAUUCUUACUUGAAUAUCCAGGAAUCGCCGACCAUCGUAUGGCCAUUUGGAAUUAUUUUAUUAAUCUGAGCACGUGCCCUCGCACUUUCAGCAAAAUGUUGUUUAAACAUACUUUUCCGUCUGUUAAUCAUCGAGUGUAAUAUUACAUUGUUUCGGCUUUUACAUAAUGUGGUGAGUCAUUCCAUCCCUCUACACAAGUUACCAGAAAAUGAAAGCUUAUCUUCUGUUUUCACACAGCUUUCCUGUGAUUUGUACCAACACAUGUGCAUGAGAAUAUUCUAUUUAUAUUAGCAAGUUUUGGAGUUUGUCAUUAAACUAAUGUUUUAUACAUUUCUAAGAAUGGUGUUCUCGCUGCAAAUUAAUUUUCUUAUUAUGUUUCCGUAUAUCUUUAGUGUUUACCAAUUCAUGCAUGCGUUUGUGUGCAUGUGUGUCCGCUAGAAACGGGACAAAAGCAAAUUAUUGUGUUCCUUAUUUUUUUUCCCCCACUUUUAACUCUCGCCCACCAGGGUGUCCCUUUCACAGAAAGUAGUGCAACCUUUACUGCAUGAGUGGUUUUGCACUUACAAAAGAAAGUGGGAAGAAAAGGGUUCUCGGGGACGGACGACCAACUUCACCUUCUGUGCCAGACUGGACUGUGGUGAAGAGAAGACAGAAAAGUCUUUCACUAUUUGUGCUUCGCACUUGGUGAGCUGUCUGUGCUGUGUCCAUUUAUUGGAAUCGUCUGUAGAUGAUGGUAGACAGUCGCCACACUUUCACACGAAGCCACAAAUUUCAACAUGCAAACGAUCGUUCCAUAUUUUACCUUUAUGUAUAUUUUUAUGCAGAAUAAAAUAUUUUUACACAGAAUCCUUGUUUUGUAAAUUUU